CAAAAAAUGGCGGAUUUAGAAGACGGCGAGUUACCAGAUUCGGACGAAGAGGUUUGUUACGUCUAAAGACGCCACCCUGUCAUAUGUUCCUUUAUCUGUCACAGAUAGUAAAAAGCCAGAUGGAGCCUGCAUGAAUUAUUCACAUGAAGGCGGUGAUGUUCCAUCCUCAUUCAGUGCAAGACAGUCAGCAACCAAAUCCAUAGCAACAACCUAUGAUAACCAUACCUACCGCAGCAGACAUUCACAGCCACCAGCAGACAGCGAGGAUGACUCCUCAGAUACCAGUGAUGAAGACACUGAUCUCUGGCACUGCAAAAAAGCCAAGUACUUUUCUAAACCUCGGGCUCAGAGUAUGGACCUUGCUCAUGAAAUUACCUCCCCUCCUCGGGGAUUGAAGCCACCUUCAAAUGACACAGAUGAAGAUCAAAUGGAUAGCCCUCAGAAGAAGCGGAAGUUGAACAACAUUUGGGGUGCAGUCAUUACAGAACAGACCAUUACCCACUCUUUUAAAAUGGGUGCAAAUGUUGAUAAAAAUGAGGACUGUGAUGAGGAAAGGGAUGUAGAAUCGUAUGAUUACACAAAGGCUUAUGAAGAUGAUAGGCCAUGUAUUGCUGAACAGCGACCAAUUCUGUCUCGAGAAAAUAAUGACCCAUUUGAAAACGUUAUCGAUUCAAUUGAAGAAUUAUAUGAUGGUGACACCAAAAAAGCUGAAAACAGAAAGCGAAAAAGGCAUGUGAAAGAUCGCAUUGGUAGAAAGGACCGCCAUAGCGUUACUGAUAGGCUAGGGGGAAAACAGCAUGACAGUGUGAAGGAAAGGCUAGGUCACAUAGACCCAAACAUUGACAGGAUUGAAGAGGUGACUGAGAGAGAUCCAGACGAAAAGGUGAUCAAGUCCAUAUUGGAUAUGUUACAGGAACCCAACAAAGACUUGUUUGGUAGAAUUGUCAGUGUUAUUGGGAGAAGUUUGGCACUGAAGAUUGCCCACCAAACGGAGGAUGUGGAGUCUGCUGGAGGACUGCUGACUUAUGACGGUGCACGGCGGCGGACCCCAGGUGGUGUUUAUAUACAACUGUUAAAAAAGUGUAGUGAUGUUACUUCAGAACAGACAAAGGAAAUAUUUGCAGAGGAGGAAAUGAAGUAUAAGAAAGAACAGCGGAAGACAAAAAGAGCAAGACGAAGGAGACAAAACCAAUUAAGAAAAAUGUUACCACAGUCAAAAUACACAUCCCAGAACUCUAAAGGAAGUCGGCCACAGGAAGUUGAGAUGGGUAAUGAGAAUAAGCCAGAAAUAGAGGAUUGUGAUGAUGACAGUGCAGAGGAAGUGGCCCAACAGGACAUUGCUCUAGAAAUUGAGGCAGCAAAACAAUUGCAAGUUGAGACACAAAAAAUGGACGAUAAUGACUUCUCAUUGAAUGAUUCUGAUGUAAUUGAUAUUGAACUGGGCGAGUGUGAGACAAUAGACUGACCAUUGCUGUAGUAACUGUGUACCAAACUACUACUAGUCGCACAGUUACUGCUGAGACAAUAGACUGACCAUUGCUGUAGUAACUGGGUACCAAACUACUACGAGUCGCACAGUCCCUGCCGAGACAAUAGACUGAUCAUUGCUGUAGUAACUGUGUCCCAAACUACUACGAGUCACACAGUUCCUGCCGAGACAAUACACUGACCAUUGCUGUAGUAAUUGUGUACCAACCUCCUACGAGU